AUGUCCUCACAACGCCCAAAUAAAACAUCACAAAAGUUAGUCGAGAAAUCCAAUUUCACUCCAAUGGAGCUUAAAGUUUACCAGUUCAUAAAUAAUAAUCAGAUAUCGGGCGAGUCGGCGGAAACAGUAGUUGGCUCCUUGAACAUCAAAAUGAAAGACGCAGUAGAAAUUAUUAAUAAAUUAUCGAGAUCUGGAUUGAUUGAAAUGCGAGUGCAACCUGAUAACACGAUUACUUAUUACGCGACAAAUGUGCGUGAUAUUCAAGAUGAAACAGAUUUUGACAAUGAUGAGAAAUUAGUACUUUAUCAUAUUAAAACAGCUGGCAAUGAAGGAAUUUGGACUAAACAUAUUAAAACUAAUACCGGCCUACAUCAAAGCGUAAUCACACGUAGUUUGAAAAAUCUUGAAUCUAAGGGUAUUAUCAAGGCAAUAAAAUCGAUAAAACAUCCCACUCGAAAGAUAUAUAUGCUAUCGCAUCUUACACCUUCAGAGGAUAUUUCGGGUGGUCCAUGGUUCUCUGACCAAAAAUUGGAUGUUGAUUUUGUGGAGUCAUUAACUGAAGCUGUUUACCGAUUUAUAUUAUCAAGGAGUUUCCCUAAAGGCAAUCCGGAUGCUGUGUACUGUACUUUCCAUCCGAGUUAUCCUACCGCAACCCAAAUUCAUCGAUUUAUCACCGAGAGCAAAAUUAGUGAUGUGGAAUUAGAAUUGGCAAAUAUAAAUUCACUUCUUGAUCUCUUGAUAUUUGAUGGAAAAGUCGAACGGAAAAUAACUGUUUCAGAUGCAGCAUUAUACGAUUUAAUGGAAGAAGAUGAGAGUUCAGGUGAAAUCGUCUAUAAGGCAAUCCGUGAUCAUAAAUCUCGCGGAAAUGCAUUAACAGAUGUUCCAUGUGGCAAAUAUGGAGGAGUUGUAUCGCCUUCAUCCUGUGUUUAUUUUAGAAAGUGGCUGCUCGAUUAUUGA